AUAAAAUAAAUAAUAUAUGAUCGAGGCCACGACAAUUGUGUCUCUCUCAUCCCACAUUCUCGUGUAUAUAUACAUAUGCUUGGCUUUUCCUUCUCUUUCACUUUAAUUUUCUACUCAUAUCCAUCAUUCCCUCUAGUCUCAAGAAAAAAAUCUCCAUCUCCUACAUACAACACUCACUUGGAUCUAAUAAUCUUCAAGGAGCUUCUCAGAUUUAGCUCUUAUGGAUCAUUUGUUACAACACCAGGAUGUCUUCAGCAAUUACAACAAAGCACGAGAUGCCAUGGGAGUAUCAAGUUCACCAAACCCAACCGAAGUAGAUCACAAUCAGAAAAAACCAUCUCCCGCGACUGGGGCGGCGAAGCCACAGCCACCCGAUCUAGCCCUGAGAUGUCCACGUUGCGACUCAACGAACACAAAGUUUUGCUACUACAACAACUACAGCCUCUCUCAGCCUCGCUACUUCUGCAAAUCAUGCCGGAGAUAUUGGACCAAAGGUGGGACACUAAGAAACAUUCCCGUCGGAGGCGGCUGUCGAAAAAACAAACGGUCCACAUCUUCGGCGACAAGAAGCCUCAGAACCACUCCAGAACCAGCGUUCUCGGCGGCGAGUUUCGGUGGGUUUGGUAACAAUGAACACACUGAUCUCAGCUUAGCAUUUGCCCUGCUGAACAAGCAACCUCAGGGGAGUUCUUCGCAUCUAGGGUUUCCUUCAGCAUUCGGUAACUCUAGCUCUCAUCAGUCUGACAUGGAGAGUGUGUUUGGAACAAGCCAGAAAAAUGAGAACGCUGGUUAUGCGUUUGGAAACGGGAGCAGCGGUUUGGAUAUGGCCAUGAGUGAUCCAAACAAGGUCUUAUGGGGGUUUCCAUGGCAGAUGAAUGGAGAGGGCUUUGGGAUGAUGAGCAUGGGAGGAGGAGGAGGUGGUCACGUAGAUCAAGUUGAUUCAGGAAGAGAGCUUUGGACCAAUAUGAACUAUAUUAACUCUGGUGCUUUAAUGUAGUUCAGAUUAAAACCUUAAUUUUAUUUGGUGUUUAAUUUAGGGUUUGGAGUUAAUAUUUAAUGGGAAAAAAAGAUGGGGG